AUGUCGCGAGACCUCAGUGCAAGCCGUCUUUCGAUUCCGUCUCCUACGAAGUCGCUCCACGAUUCCGAGCCGGCACAGCCAACAUUAUCUAGCCUCGAUUCUCAGAAUGAGGACUUACUACAGUCGACCCAACAACUAGACGUUACAGCCACGCAACAACUGCCUGGAAUGCGGACAACAGCGAAGAAGUUUGGGUUCUACAACCCCCCAAAACCCGAGUAUCACGUCAACACCUCCGCUCUGGACGCCUUCCAAGAUUUCACUGCGGCGAGUCCUUCCGAAGAGGACAGCAUGUCCAUCGAGGUUGGGCGGGGUGUGAAGAAGAGUGGAAGUGCGCGCAGCACACCUAACAGAUACGAUCGAGAUAUGUCACCAAACAUCCUCCUCAGCGUUGAAGACAACAGUCUCUACGAGGUCACCGCCACGCCUCCAGUUCGGCCACGACCUACUGCACGAAAGAGCGAUGGCUUCGAACGUGGCAAUUUGCGACGCGACGCUCAGAUUAGACGAGCCUCGUCCCUCGGCCAGAAGGAGAUUGAUGCGAUGUUGGCGCGGUCCAGCAAGGCUGGUGAACGCGUGUCUCCGGGAAAAGGCGCGUCCCAGCGUCGCAGGACGACCUUGGCUCAGAUGCAUACAAGGAUAUCUGGAGAAGAGGCCGAGGUCGCUCUGGAGCGGCCGCCCACUGUCACCAUGACCGCGAAGACGACGCGUUUCGGCAACCCACGCUCACGGCAGACGUCCGCUGCUCUUAACAGCACCUCAGGUACACCGCAACGCGCGGCGGCUGCUACUCCUGCCAACGUGACUGCGCAGUCCUUUAUGCUUCCUGAUCUUCCCAACCUCACUGAGCUGGUCUCCGGUGUCUACAAAGAUGGAACACCGGUCUUCUCUCGCAGUGCCAAGGCGCGGUCGCGCUUCGUGUCUGAUUCCUACCCCCGUCGAAACGGUGGUGGCCAGCCGAGUUACUCUGCGGUCGAGAGCAUACCUGUUCCUGCAGACGAGAAGGCGAUCUUCGCUUCCUUGCAGCUACUAAAAGAGAAGGUCGCGCAGCUAGAGCAAGAGAAGGCCGAAUCGGAUAAGAAGAUCGAGGACUACGAAAAUGAAGUUGCGGAUAUGAAGGCCGAGCUGUCGGCACAGGAGAACAUGCGACGCAGUGACAGUGCACUUGGCGCUUCCGAUGCUGAGGGCGGGAGAGAAAAGACGAACUGGCGUAUAGAGAAAAUGCGCCUUGAAUCAUCUGUGCACUCUUUACAAACUCGCCUCGACCGAGCGGAGCGUAAAGUAUCUGUCUCGGAGAUUGCUACAAAGCGUGCCACGCAGGAGCGAGACAAUCUGGUAACCCAGCUGAGCACAGCCUUCUACACUACCGAGGAGCUUAAGGCAGAGAAAGAAGCACUACAGAGUGAGAAUGAGCAUCUGCGAAACGAAGUCGACGAGCUGCGCUCCGAGAAUGAGACUCUGCGGGCGGAACUCGUGCAAAAUGCAGCUUACUUCGAGGACGAAACGCAACAGCUGCAAAAGCGGAUGGAGCGCAAGGACCACGGCUUCCAGAGAGAAAACGAGACCCUGCGAGCCGAACUGGCGCGUGCUCAUGCCCAGCAUGACGACCAGACCCAGCAGUGGAAUCGAAAGGAACUGGAAACAAGGCGCCAGAAGGCUGAGUACAACAAGCUCAAGUCUGAGAAUGAUAGACUGAAAUCACAACUCGCUCAAGCAAAAGCUCAGCGUGAGGAAGAGGCGCGCCGUGCGAAGAUCCAGCAAGCCGAGUUCCAGGCCAGGCUUGAUCAGAGAGACGACACUAUCCGACAGUUUCAGGACAUGCCCCAGGAGGACGUCAACUCUACCCUGCGCCAUGAGAACGAAGACCUGCGAGUGCAACUAGCUCAGUUGAAUGCCCAGCAUGAUGACGAGACGCAACAAUGGGGUCAAAAGGAGUCACAGCUACGGUCAAGAAUAGAGCGAAAAGAGGCGGCCCUUCGAGAGCAGCGGGAGCUGAACCAGGAGAUUUUGGAGUCCAAGCAACCGGCGUACCAUGAACGCACCGCUCCGAACGAGACUCGUGCAGAUGAGGCGAUCAAGGAAACCGAGACCGUUAAAUCAAAUGGCAAGAAGCGGACUGGUGGCCGAGUAGGCCAGGACACCCAGGCCAGAAUCUCUGAUAAGGUCGACCUGGAGGUUCGAAACAGUCGGUCUGUAAGUGGAGCAAAGCCAUCGAAGACUGAGCCGCCAGCCCAGUCCCGGACGAAAUCAAGGUCUAAGUCGCGAGAUCAUUCACUCCGGCCUUCCACCUCUCAAGACGCAAAGUUCUUACGACGUGACCCUGUGCCGGCAUCCCCCGCUGAGCCAGUUGUCAGCCACGACCUCAGCGAUGCUGAGUCUACGACUGACCUGGAGAUUCGGCCCAAGAGCACCACUCGAUCCGCACGCGAAGUAACCAACGUGACCAACGAUGUCCCAGCUGAGGACACAUCUGCAGCCGACCUGACCUACCUCAGCUCCAUAAACCGUGACGAGCUGGCCAAAAUCCGCAGAGCGCUCGAAGAAGAGCGAGUCGCUACCAGGCGCAAAGCAACACAGGCGCGGCAGCAGAAAAAUGAAACGAUCCGUUCCUCGGCCUCCUUGCCGCGCAAGUCGUCCCUCAAGGACCUCACCGGCCGUUCCGAUCCUGUCGACGACCACACGCAGCAAUCUGGACCUGCCGAUCACAACAACAAUAUUGAGAGCGACACCGAUAGCCAGCUCUCCAGCGAUGAAGAAGACGCCUCAGCUCCCCAAGCAAAACAAAACACCUCCAACUCCAUUCUCAGCCACUCCGCUCGCCGGCCACGCUCAGCCCCAGAACUGACCUCCGCCUUCAUCCUCCCCGACAUCACCCUCCACCAGCGCAAAGUCUCCAUCUCCGCCCACCAUGAUGCGGCGCAUGACCGCAAAAACUGCACCGUCUGCCACCGCGGCGACAGCUCCUCCACCCAGCCUGUCGCCAUCCCGACACCCGUCCCCGUCUCGGACCGCAUGCCCGACGACGUCGACGCGACGAUGCGGCCCGCGCAGCCCCCAGCCCUGGCUCUCGCGACGGUGAUCAAGGAGCUCCAAGACGAGCUCGACCACAUCAAGAUCGAGAUCGCGACGUGGGAGACUUGUCUACAAGGCCUGGACCCCAGCCUCGGGCUUCGGAAGCGCAAGAAGGCGCAGGAGGAGCUGGAUGCCCUGCUCAAGGCGCAUGAUGUCAAGGCUGAUCAGAUCUAUGCGCUGCAUGAUGUGCUGGAGGGGCAGAAAGCUGCGGCUGCUGCGGCCGGCGAUGCUGGUGGAGACGGACAGGCGGACGAGGUUAUGGGGGAGAAGGAGGUCGAGGAGACGUUGAUGAGUGUCGGGAUUGAUCCUGAGGAGGUGAGGGAAAGGAUGGGGAGGGUGAAGGGGAAGAAAGUCACGAUUAGGAGUCAUGUGUCUGAGGAGGAGGAGAGCGAUGAGGAGUUGCCGUGGGAGGGGAUCAAUGACACGGAGAGCUUGAGAGGGUUGUGA